AUGCGCAACACUAUCCUUGCCUCGCUCUUCCUGGCCUCGGCCACCCUCACAUCCGCCAGCCGUCUCAAGUGCCUCCAACACCCGCAGCCAGGAACUCUCCAUCGCCGCGUCAUGCGGCCUCCGAGGGUUCGCUCAACUACUGCUUCUCGCACCUGCCGGCCGCCCACACACCAGAAGACCUUACCUUCAACCUCGAGCAGUGCUUCGUCAACGCAGGGAUGCACGUCGGCCGAGUCCCAGAUUGAAGCCCUCCGGGUGCUCGGAGCCAAUGGCGACAACCCCAACUCCGACCUCCGCCGCGGCCGGCGCCAGUUCUCCUCGGAGAACAGCAACGGCGACGCCUCCCCCUUCGCAGCCGGUGCUAAGGAACCCCUCGGCGCGCGCGACCCGAUCGCCGCCGGCGUCACCGCGGCCAUGUACCUCCCGCGGCACACGGGCCUAGCCGCCAUCGUCGGCCGGCAAGACCAAGCCACGGCGGUGACCAACGAACGCCCCAGCUCCCCAUCCCCCUGCUUCACCGACAGCUCCACCGAAAUCACCACCCUGCCCCACCCAAACCACGGGCGCCGAGUCCGGCAAGAAGCUCUCCUGCUUCCCCACGCCUCAUUGACCACGCCCAACCCUCCGGCGUCGACGGCAUCAUCAUCGCGGCGGUCUUUCGCGGGCGCCAUCGUCGUCGCCAUCGGCUCCAUCUGCUUCCUGUGCUGCCGCGAGCGCAGCGAGCACCGCCGCACCGAGCGCGCCGCCGAGGCCGCCCGCAUCGCCAAGGAGGCCAAGACCCAGGCCACCGUCGCCGCCAAGCGCGCCGGCACGUCCGUCACCGGCGGCGUGUCCGGCCCGGCCGUCGAGGGCCAGCCGCUGAUGUAUCAGGGUGGUGGUGGUGGUCCCGGCCCGUCGUCCCCUGGCCCGCAGCAGCAGCAUUUCCCGCAGCAGGGUGGGUAUACCGCGGGGAACCCGUUUACUGAUGCUGGCAAUGAUGGGCACCCCAUGCGCUGA